AUGGAGUACAGCGGCAUCGCCCUUUCGCCGGUGGAUGCGGAGAUCAGCAUCCGGCAACUGCGCUCCUUCUCUGUGGGGGAAGUCGGCACGUCUUCCUGGAAAGAUCAGCGUGAGGCGAUGGAGCGGCUCAACAUGUGUACGCACAGCAACGCUAUGCAGAAGACGGAUGACUUUGUGAAAUCGUUUCUUCUUGAGCACGACAAGCUUAGUGACGUCUUGCACGAGUUGCUGGUGAUGGAGGUAUGGCGGCAGCGCGUGCUGCCAGGCGCCGUCGAGGCCGUCGCGCACAAUCCGACGGCGACGUACAUGUACUGUGCUUACGAGUCAGUGCUUGUGAACCUGCUGGAGUGUAUUUGCUUCUAUGAGGAGGUAGUGGUUGGAUUCGGUGAUGAUGUUCUGGAGCUCAUUGAUUACUGCUGGCGUCAGGUGACUCGUCUCUUCUCUGAGAAGAACAUCAGUGAGGUGCCGACUGUAGCGGUGAAGGAGAGCCCGCUUGACUACCUGGAGCAGCAGCUGCGGGAGCAGCGCAUUCAACGAGCAAUGAGGUGCAUCUCCGUGCUGUGGUUCAUCACGGACCGACUAGAGGUGCUGCCUCUGUCCGCCAUGAACCACGUCUUGCGGAGAAACGACGUUCCUUUCGGCUUGGCAGAGGCGCUGCUACUCCAGCCGUGGCUGCGCCGUUCCGCCGGCGUGGUGCAGAAAUUUCAAAGCGGUACCUUCAUUGCGGCACCCGGGGACGAGUCACAGAGGGUAUGCGUGCCAGAGGCCCAUGCGUGGUUCUGUCUGCACAAGCUCCUGUGCGACUCCGAGUGUCGUCGACAGUAUCCGUACACGCAGCACAGGAAGAUCACGCUCCUGCGCGUUCGCUCUCUCAUGAAUGAGACACUGCUAGAUCAGCUUCCCGCUUUGCAAGAUGUCCAGCGCGCGCUCGAGGAGCUGUCAUUUAUGGAGCCGCCAACUGGCACUGAGGAAAAGUUCCGCAGUACCCUGAUCAUAGAGCAAGUGCCUCGGUUAAUGUCGUCUGUUGACCUACCCAGUGUGAAUUGGGCUACGGAGGUGGAAAGGAUGAAGCGGCUGCUCUCUGACCGCAGCGAGGCAGUGAGUGAUGCCAUUCGCAUGGCUCAACUCUUUGACCUCAUGUUUGCCGAGCAACCGUAA